AUGCUGGUAUAUGAUGGGUUCAUUGUCUCUAAUUUUAGUGGGUAUAAAAUGAAAGAUGACAUACUUGUAGGAGACCAAAUUCAUGAGUUUCAAGAGCUGCUUAAAAAAGUAGAAAAGAAAGGGACAACUUUUGGUGAGGAGUUUAAAGUGUCUUGCCUUAUUGAUAAAUUACCUCCAUCUUGGAAUGACUUUGCUAAGCGUCUUAGGCACAAACAAGGAGAUCUUUCAUUAUCUCAACUAAUCAAUACACUUAGGGUGGAAGAGAAGCAUAGAUCAAAUCUAGAAACUGGAAAAGAGAAAACUCCUAAGAUUAGCCUAUCUCUUCAAGUUUCUCUCUUCCUUCUUCUCCUUGAGCUCUCCCUCUCUCUUUCUCCUUUAGCCUAUCUCUUCAAUUUCAAUGAUAAGCUCGGGGAAGGAGGAUUUGGGAUGGUGUUUCAUGGGACAUUAAGCGAUGGUACCAAAGUGGCAGUGAAGCGUCUCAAUGGUUUUGGUCAUGUUAAGAAGUCAUUCUUAGCUGAAGUUGAGACAAUAGGCAACAUUCACCACGUCAAUUUGGUGAGAUUGGUUGGAUUUUGUGCUGAAAAGUCAUAUCGGCUUUUAGUAUAUGAGUACAUGUCCAAUGGAUCCAUGGAUAAAUGGAUCUUUCAAAGGCACCAAGAGCUAACACUAGGAUGGCAAUCCAGGAAAAAAAUCAUCAUGGAUAUAGCCAAGGGACUAACCUAUCUCCAUGAGGAAUGUAGGCAGAAAACAUUUCACCUGGAUAUCAAACCCCAAAACAUCCUCUUAGAUGAACACUUCAAUGCGAAAAUUUCUAAUUUUGGAUUGUCAAAACUAAUUGAUAAGGACCAAAGCCAAGUUGUAACAAUGAUGAAGGGAACACCCGGUUAUUUGGCUCCUGAAUGGUUGAGCUCAAUUAUCACUGAGAAAGUAGACGUCUAUAACUUUGGUGUCGCGGUCUUGGAAAUGUUGUGUGGGCAGAAAAUUUUGGAUAGGUCUCAGCCUGAGGAAGAUAUGUAUUUACUAAGCCUAUUUAAGAGGAAAGAAAAAGAGGAAAAACUUUUGGAUAUCGUUGAUAAAUACAAUGAUGACAUGCAGAUACAUAGAGCGGAAGUCGGGGAGAUGAUGGGUGUUGCUAUGUGGUGUUUACAAAGCGAUUUUUCUAGGAGGCCUUCAAUGUCGGUGGUGGUUAAGGUCUUGGAGGGUUUUGUAGAUGUUGAAAACAAUUUGCAUUAUAACAUCACAACUCCUGUGGUACCAAGAGCAAUCACAGCCACUGGUCACCAAGAGGAUGCCAUUGGUGAUGCUACUCCAUUAUUUCCAUCAGCUUUAUCAGGAGUCAGGACCAAGUUAACUACAUUCUAA